GGGGCGGGGAGGGGCCGCCGGCGGCGGCGGCGCGCGGAGGAGACCGCAGUGCGGCCGGCGCUAGGACCCGCGGGGGCCUCCCAGGCCGCGGCGCCUCCCGCUUUACCCCACUCCCCGACCCUCCUUCGCCCCCAAAAUGAGGAAACGGAGCAACUCGCUCCAAGUUGUGCAGCCGGGACCGCCUCGGGGUGUGCAGCCGGCUCGCGGAGGCCCUCCUGGGGGCGGGCGCGGGGCGCGGCUCGGGGGCGCCCCCUGAGCAGAAAAGAGGAAGAACCAGGCUCGGUCCAGUGGCACCCAGCUCCCUACCUCCCGUGCCAGCCGCCUGGCCUGUGGCAGGCCAUUCCCAGCGUCCCCGACUGUGGCCACUUGCUCAGUGCUCCUCUCACCUGCCUCAGUUUCCCUCUGGGGGCGAUGGCAGGGCGAGGCUCUCUGGUUUCCUGGCGGGCAUUUCACGGCUGUGAUUCUGCUAAGGAACUUCCCCGGGUGAGCCCCCGCUUCCUCCGAGCCUGGCACCCCCCACCCGUCUCAGCCAGGAUGCCAACGAGGCGCUGGGCCCCGGGCACCCAGUGUAUCACCAAAUGCGAGCACACCCGCCCCAAGCCAGGGGAGCUGGCCUUCCGCAAGGGCGACGUGGUCACCAUCCUGGAGGCCUGCGAGAACAAGAGCUGGUACCGCGUCAAGCACCACACCAGUGGACAGGAGGGGCUGCUGGCAGCUGGGGCGCUGCGGGAGCGGGAGGCCCUCUCCACAGACCCCAAGCUCAGUCUCAUGCCGUGGUUCCACGGGAAGAUCUCGGGCCAGGAGGCUGUCCAGCAGCUGCAGCCACCCGAGGACGGGCUGUUCCUGGUGCGGGAGUCCGCGCGCCACCCCGGCGACUACGUCCUGUGCGUGAGCUUUGGCCGCGACGUCAUCCACUACCGCGUGCUGCACCGCGACGGCCACCUCACGAUCGAUGAGGCCGUGUUCUUCUGCAACCUCAUGGACAUGGUGGAGCAUUACAGCAAGGACAAGGGCGCUAUCUGCACCAAGCUGGUGAGACCAAAGCGGAAACACGGGACCAAGUCGGCCGAGGAGGAGCUGGCCAGGGCAGGCUGGUUACUGAACCUGCAGCAUUUGACAUUGGGAGCGCAGAUCGGAGAGGGAGAGUUUGGAGCCGUCCUGCAGGGUGAGUACCUGGGGCAAAAGGUGGCCGUGAAGAAUAUCAAGUGCGAUGUGACGGCCCAGGCCUUCCUGGACGAGACGGCCGUCAUGACGAAGAUGCAACACAAGAACCUGGUGCGUCUCCUGGGCGUGAUCCUGCACCAGGGGCUGUACAUUGUCAUGGAGCACGUGAGCAAGGGCAACCUGGUGAACUUUCUGCGGACCCGGGGCCGAGCCCUCGUGAACACCGCUCAGCUCCUGCAGUUUUCUCUGCACGUGGCCGAGGGCAUGGAGUACCUGGAGAGCAAGAAGCUUGUGCACCGCGACCUGGCCGCCCGCAACAUCCUGGUCUCCGAGGACCUGGUGGCCAAGGUCAGCGACUUUGGCCUGGCCAAAGCAGAACGGAAGGGGCUGGACUCAAGCCGGCUGCCCGUCAAGUGGACGGCGCCUGAGGCUCUUAAACACGGGAAGUUCACCAGCAAGUCGGAUGUCUGGAGUUUUGGGGUGCUGCUCUGGGAGGUCUUCUCAUAUGGACGGGCUCCGUACCCUAAAAUGUCACUGAAGGAGGUGUCGGAGGCCGUGGAGAAGGGGUACCGCAUGGAGCCCCCUGAGGGCUGUCCAGGCCCCGUGCACGUCCUCAUGAGCAGCUGCUGGGAGGCAGAGCCCGCCCGCCGGCCACCCUUCCGCAAGCUGGCCGAGAAGCUGGCCCGGGAGCUACGCAGUGCAGGCGCCCCAGCCUCCGUCUCAGGGCAGGACGCCGACGGCUCCACCUCGCCCCGAAGCCAGGAGCCCUGACCCCACCCGGUGGGGCCCUUGGCCCCAGAGGACCGAGAGAGUGGAGAGUGCGGCGUGGGGGCACUGGCCAGGCCCAAGGAGGGUCCAGGCCGGCAAGGCAUCCUCCUGAUGUCCAAGGCAGGGGCUGGCCCGCGUAGGGGGCCCUGGGCGGCCCGUGGACACCCCAGCCCUGCGAAGGAUGAUCGCCCGAUAAAGACGGAUUGCAAGGACUCUA